UUGGAGCGCCAAACAAAAAUAUUCAAAGACACUCAUCACUCAUAAGAUUUUCAUUUCUUCUCAGAUACCAAAAGCUUAUUCAGAAAGGAAAAAAAAAACUCUCUCUAAUUUCAAUUCAUACACAGCCAAACAAAAAUGUCUUCUGCAAAAGCAAAAUCCAAGAAACGAACCGCAUCCGAGUCAGUUCUCAACAAAUCCGAGUCAAAAUUCCGAGUCGUAGAUGACGAGCUCGACGUUGAUCUCUCCAGCGAUAUUAAGGGAAUCAUGUCGGCGCUGCAUCAGAUCAGAGAGAAAACUCAAAAGGACGGUCAAAAGAAGAACGAGGAAACGAUUUCUAGUGUGGCUUCUGAGAUCAGGAAAACUAUGGAUGAGCUGAAAUCAAAAGUUGAUAAGGACAGGCAGAGUUUUGCAAAGUUACUCUCAAAGAGCUCAAAAGAGUGUGAGAACUGCUUGAAAACUGAGACUGCCAAGUUUCAAGAAAUUUAUGACAAAUUUUGCAAGGAGAAAGCGUCUCAUUUGCAGGCCCUGAAAGAUAACAUUUCCAAAUUUGAAGAAGACAAGGAAAGGCUGUUUGUGCGAUAUGAACAACUCAAGAAGAAAGAGAAAAACACCAUAUCUGAAUAUGAGAAAGCCUGUGCUGAAAAGCUUGCUAAAUUGGAAGAGUCCUUGAAAAAGAAGAAGCAGGAUGAUAAAACUUUCAACAUUUUGAGGAAAACGCUUGGCUCAUUUCUGGGAAAUGCAUCUGAUGAGGACUUCCCACCAGAUGAUUGAAAGAUUUGCUUUGACAGAAAAUGCUGAAAGUUCAUAUUUUAGGUAUGAACUCUCCCAACACUAACCUGCCAGUGGACCUAAUGAAGUAUCCAUAGAGAAAUUGCUUCUUUACUGUUUUUUAAUUACACGCAUUUAAGUUGAUUAGGUUGUUGCCUGCUAUGCAGAAGUGAAUAUUUAGGUGCUUUUUAUGUUAAGAACGCUGGUAAACAGGAAAGUAAUGAGCAGUGUUAUGAAAACCGGAGUGGCUGCGGGUUUUCUGAUUUUUAGGCCUAA